GGACUUCCUGUCGGGAAAACCACUAUCUGACUCCACAGCACCAUCAUCACCCUCCAGCUCCCAAACAAACUUAACCUACAUACGCAACUUUUCCUCCAGUCCUCUUCAUUGGAAAAUUUUCCGUCGCUGGAAAAUCAAACGCAGAAAUGUCUCCUCCAUCCGCACGGCUUCAAACCAAACCCGUUAUAACGUGUCUGAAGACGUUUCUUAUCUCGUACAGUCUCAUUUUUUGGGUUACAGGAGUGAUCCUGUUAGCUGUUGGAGUAUGGGGAAAAGUUAAUUUAGAGUUUGAGCUCCUCCAGAAAUUAGACAAGGGGACCAAUGCACCAUAUGUCCUCAUUGGGACCGGAGCCGUCAUCAUCAUCUUUGGAUUGUUUGGUUGCUUCGCUACAUGCCGUGGGAGUCCAUGGAUGCUGAAACUGUAUGCCAUGUUCCUGAUACUGGUGUUCCUAGCUGAACUAGUGGCAGGCAUAUCCGGAUUCAUUUUUAGACAUGAGAUUAAAGCAGUACUUCAGGACGUUUAUAAAGCUGCUGAAAAGUCUUAUGAUGGCACGGCCGCCAAGAGUGAUGAUAUGGACAGGAUCCAGAGAACAAUGCAGUGCUGUGGAGAGACUAACUACACCAGCUGGGCAAACACAGAUUACUUUAAGAAAGAGGGUAUACCCAAAAGCUGCUGCAAUGUGACUGCUGGUGUAAACUGCACUACUACAGAACUUAAGAAUCUUACGUUGGCCGAAUCAGUGGUGUACCAGCAGGGCUGUUUCUCGCUAUUGACUAUCACGAUGGAGGGCAAUCUUGGAAUUAUUGCUGGAAUUUCUUUUGGAAUAGCAUUUUUCCAGCUUAUUGGGAUAUUCCUGGCAUUCUGUCUGUCUCGCUACAUUACCAACAACCAGUAUGAGAUGGUGUAGUAUCCUUACACCAUAGGUUAUCAGCUCAAUAUCCCUGAGGAUCUGACAUAAGGAAAACCUAUUAAGUUUCAGUAUUUGUAUGUGUGCCUCAGCUAAACAUUUCUUUUUAGAGAAUUUCUACAAUGCUGCUUUUAAAAA